AUGCCAGCGGUAUUUCAGCGGUUGGAGGACCGGCAAAGCAUGUCUCGGGAUGGGAGGAAGACGAAGGGCAAGAAGCCGUACAAACCUGUUAUGACCACGGCUCCCAUUAUGCUGAUCUUCAUUGUCGUUGCGGUUGCUUGUGUGGUCCUUCUCCAGAACAUUGUCGAGAGUGGUACUCCUUUGCACGAUCGCUACGAUGAGGAUUCACAAAAGCAACAGCGCAUCAAGCGAGAGGGCGCUAUCCCGCCCAGCGAACCUUCCUUUGCCCUCCAACCAAGACAAGCUGGAUCAUCAACGGCAGCAGCCACAACUAGUCCGCCUGCACCUUCUUCGAGUUCUUCAUUCUUUACAACUACGACUAGCACCAUACCUGAUGUUGAGGUGGAAGGCAAUACCUUGAGCUCUACCACGACCAGUACUACCCCUGAGGUUGAGGUCGAUACUUUCUCUACUACAACCAGUACGAUUCCGGAGGUUGAGUUCGAGCCUUCCUCGUCUACUACGACGAGUACUAUUCCGGACGUUGAGAUCGAUACUUUCUCUCCUUCUAUUACCACAAGUUCUUCGGAAAUUGAACUUGACACUUCCUCUACUACCACUACUGCGAUCAGCAGCGACGGUGAGAAUGGUUCGGCCUCCAUUCCACCAUCCACGCUCUCUACCACUACGACACAUAGUACGUUGACGACAACAACACUCACGACAACGAGCCCAGCCCUGACGAGCUCCCUCACCACCACCACCACAACCACUACCACGACGAUCGCUUCCACCACGAGUUCAGCUACAAAUCCCUCCACUACAACCUCUUUUUCAUCUGCCAGCUCUGACUCCACAACGACCUCGGACUUUCCAACUACGACAUCUCCCACUUCCACCCCAGGUCCAGGACUUGUUUGCGGCCUUGAGGUUGAUGCCUACUAUAUCGAUUCUGCUGAAACCCUCAUAUCGACUUUGCUUGGUACUGAACAGACUUUGGAUACCGCCAGUUGUUUAGAUUUCUGCAUCAACAACAUGGAUGAGGGUGUUUGUCAAUCAGUUAUCUUUGAAGACCCUGAGAACAAAUGCUACUUCUUCAUGGACACGUUCCAAGAUUUCAAUCUGGGAGGCAUCUACGAUCCAGAAGAACGUACUGAUCCCGACAAUCACUAUUUUUUCUCUGAUGCUGCUUGCUGGAAUAGUACCCUUCCCGAUCCAAUAGAUCCCGUUACCACCACUACGACAGAGUCUUCCACAACUUCUGCAACUAGUUCAACGACCACGUCAACGAUAAAUUCAACAUCUAGUUUGAAUGCGACGACGACCACUUCAUUCACAACCAACAGCACGACUUCCAUUUCAACGAAUACUACGACGAUAUUCACUACAACAACCAAUAUAAUAACAACCACCAGCACUACCAGCCUUACGACAACAACACUGACACCGACUGCGACGUUGCCGACCACAAAUUUCACUGUCCCGAGUACAACUUUGACACCGACAACAACAUCAACACUCACUAUAACCUCCAACUUAACGACAUCAACACUUACGCCAACCACCACAACCACCACUGCUUCCUUUUCUAUAUCCACUUCACCUUCGUUCACAUCAUCCUCCACCCCAACGACGUCGCCUCCUACGCUGACGACGACCACUACAGUGAUAAUUGUUGGACCUAAUCCUCCAACAUCAUCUCUGACAACUCCGAAUGCUGCGACUACGCAGACUUCGGAAACAUCGAGUGACUCGCCAUCUACGUCGACUCUGUCUGCUACAAGUGCCACUUCUAGCCAAGAAACGAUAUCUCCCACCAUGUCUGUCUCUAGCAGCGCAUCGCUAGAUCCAAUAACAUCACCAACUACUUCAACACCUGAUCCAACCACGACUCCAGACCCUGUAGUCAUCCCAAAUACUGAUCCAACCACAGAAAUCACAACUUCGGCUACAGUUUUUGUUGGUACUGGAGAUCCUGGUCCAUCAACAACACCAAGCGAAUCUACACCACAGACAGCCGCCACCGUUACGAAUGCCCCGACCAGCCCAGCAUCACAAUCUGGUGAUGCUGUUUCGAAUAUUGCCACAGAUUCCAUCGUUACUGGGUCAUCUAACACAGCGGAAGGAGCCGGUGGCUCUCAAGCAACGAAGACGAGCCAAACUGCAUCCCAAUCGGAAUCUGCUGCUGCUACAGCUGUUCCCACACAAGCAUCCCAAGAUUCUGCCACGGCAAGCAACGCUGAUACAUCACAGCAGACAGAUUCUGCUACAAACCAGCCAUCAGCCCCAACCGCAGCCCAGGCUACAAAUCCUGCCACAACUGUUCCAGCAUCAAAUGCAGUAACUCAACCGCAAGCAGCGAAUAGUGCAACUCAGGCUCCGGGUGUUUCUGCUUCGAAUGCCAAUUCACUUUCUGAUCAGGGCCUUGAUACGAACUCUUUGAGCGGUAGCAAUACUGUCACAACUGGAACACAGCCAACCGAAACGGGCAGUGUGUCAAUUGUUGCUGUUGCUUUAUCAAACGACCCAACAGCACUUGCCACAGCAUCUAUCUCCGGUUCAACGGCUGGUACCAACGGGACUGGCUCCGGCUCAGAUUCUGGUUCUGGAGCUGGGGGCGGCGGCAGUGGAGGGGGCGGAGGUGGUUCAGGUGCAAGUGGGGACACUGUGCACCCUAUCACCGAUAGCAGCCCAUUUAUUCUCACACUGCCAGUCCCAAUUACCGACACUACCUUGUAUGCAGCAAUAUUUGUAACGGUAACCAUGUCUGUCUUGUUCAAGAGUUUUUGGUGCGUCGUCUUUGCUUCGGCGAAAAUGAUGGAACCAUUCUAUCAGUUAUCAAAAGAAGCUACCAUGGUAACGGCAGAGUCGUCAGUCCUUCGUCAGUACCUACAGGCUGGCAUUGAGUGGCGAGAUCUAAAUCCCAAGAACAAGCAUUGGGUCAUGUUCUUAACUACUGUUGUCAGCAUCCUACUCAGUGUUCAGGCUUCGAUAGCCUCUGAAGCAAUGACUGUUCAAGCCGGUGCCACCUGCGAUACUCACAAUGGUACUAAGCUUUGCGAUCCUGUGUGGGUUAUCAAUUACGCUGUUGUUCGCGGACUACAAACAACUCUUUGCAUUGCUGCAGUGGCCAUCGCAAUACUGGUGUACUUAAAUUGGAAUCGACCAAGCGCUCUAUUCUCUUACCCUUGCAGUAUUGCUUCUAUGGCUUCGUUACUGAGUAACUCCGAGGAUGACAUGGUUGAGAUUUUGCGAAAUAUUCAUCCCGAUGCUAAAGAAUGGGCCGUCAAGAAGGUGAUGAAAGGGAAGUCUUUCACCUUUAGACGAACUCACGCGCGAGCAGGAUCUGAUAUCCUCGGUGUUUCGGUUCAAGUCGAUGAAGUCCAACCCAUCGAGCGAGCUACACACCCAGCGGCGACCUCCCGCUCCCUGGGUGACGGCGUUGAUAUAGCUGGUCUUGCAAGUGGUUCGCACAUUCCGUCAUCUUGGCUUGACCGGCUUCCUUGGAGCAAGGGUUACAUCACCAUAAUCACUCUGCUUCACAUGGCACUGUUCGGCGUUAUUCUUUCCUUUGUCCUUGCUGGGAACGACAUCUAUGAGGUCAAUCUAGUCGGGACUGACGGCAAGCAACACUUGACCGCUGUAAGAUGGCAGUUCCUGGAUGGAACAAAAUUUGGACCUCGAUUUUUCAUGACAUUACUCGUCUCAUUUCUCUUUACUCCUUUCUGGGAACAGUUUGAGCUAGCCGUCCGAGUUAUGGUGCCAUAUCGGCGUCUCCAUAAGGGGAAUAAGGAGGGUCGCCAUCUCCUUACCAUGUACCUUCAUGGUGUGCCCUUCACGUCGUUCUUCAAGGCACUCAGACACAAGAACUGGUAUCACGCUUUCAUCGCACUUACGACCAUGCUGUCAUACGUGCUCUUGAUCCUGAUUGCUGGUGUUCCUUACAAUUAUGGCCAAAUCAAGAAUGUGUCAUACUACAGUUCAGUCGUGAGCGUGGCCAUACUCGGCUUCAUGCUUGUAGCCAUGGUAUCUCUCAUUUUCUGGCAAAUGGGCAACCCCCGCAUGCCGAGAAAACCCGAUACUCUUAUCAACACCUGGCUAUUGAUGUGCGGCAGUGGAUUCGUGGAUGAGCUUAAGGGUCGUCCAUUAUACGAGAUUAAGGAAGAUCUUGACAGCGGCAAUGGGCGGUACUGGUUCCGUAAAGCGACGGGUAUUGAUGGCGCACAGAGGUGGAUGGUUGACACGGAAGGUGACGAUAAUUGGCAGAUAAGGCGACAGGCGAGCACGCAUUUGUUGGAUCAUACUACAAAGCCAGAGCAGAAUAGAUAUUUCUAG